AUGCUCACAUCAAUAAACCCAGGCACAUAUGACUACGCAACAAUCCACAGUCUAGUAAACGCCUGUCCAAUCCUCCACGUAUCCUUCGUCGACCCAGAACACCCUUUCCCCGUCGUCCUGCCUAUGCUGGGAUGUACGGGGAACUACGAGGUUCGUCGCUUCCCUCCAUUACACCACCACGGAGCAGAGAGUCCACAGAACCAAUCCGCCGACCCCUCAACCACCCCCCAAUCCCUCUACAUCCACGGCUACGUCUCGGGCCGCAUCUUCAAGUCCUCAAAAGAAACCCCCACCCCCGGCCUCCCCAUCACCAUCGCCGCCAGUUUCCUCGACGGCCUCGUCCUCUCCCUAACCCCCUUCCACAACUCGUGCAACUACCGCUCCGCCAUCGUCUACGGCUACGCAGAGCUCGUCGAAGAUGCCGACGAAGCGCUGUACGCUAUGAAAGCUAUUACUGAUAAUAUUUUGCCGGAACGUUGGGAGAAGAGUAGGGUGCCGCCGAGUAGUGCGGAGUUGAAGAGUACGAGUAUACUUAGGGUUAGGAUUGAGAGUGCAAGCGCGAAGAUACGGACCGGCGGGCCGAGCGAGGAUAGGAAUGAUCUUAAGGAUAAGGAGUUGGUGAAGAAGACCUGGACGGGUGUUGUGCCGUAUUGGGGAACGUGGGGGGAGCCGGUGCCUGGAGAGGAGAAUGGGUGUAAGGAUGUGGAGGGGUAUAUUGAGAGUUGGAGGAUGAAGGAGACGGCGAAGGCGAGGGGAUAUGCUUUCGAGGCUAUUGGGAAGGGUAAAUAA